AUGACUAAUCGUCCAACUCUAGCACAAAUUGAAACCUUAGUUGAAUUUUUAGAACAAAACGUCGGAAUUGCGAAAGGUCUGCUACGGACAAAUCAAGCAAAAAUGGAAAUAAAGAGGCAAUGGGCAUCUGUAGCUAUAACUUUAAAUUCAUUGGGAGGAGCAAACAAAGAUGGGCAAGGUUGGGCUAAAUAUUGGGCAGAGAAGAAAUGUGCCUUGAAAAAAUUGUGUGCUCAGCACAGCAAUUCCAUGAGACGCACUGGUGGUGGUUCUGCUGAUGACCUGUCCAUGUUAUCAGACUUGGAUAAGAGAUUGGUGGCAGUUAUGGGUGGUCAAGAGUUUGCUGUUGGAGAUUCUCAACUUGCAGUUGAUCCUUUUCACCACACGGAACAUCAAAUGACACAAUCAGUGCCUGCGGCUUCACCAGCAGAAAAUGUAAAUUUAGGUUUAGAAAAUCAAGCAGCGGUGAUAGGAAGUUGUACUUCCCCUAUUCCUGGCACCUCCCAGGAUACACUACAAUCACCUCCGCGUAAAAAAUCAAAACUUAAAUCCAUGCCACAUGUCAGGCAAUGUCGUUCUGUCACAAGAAAUAAUAAAGACAUGGAACGGCUGGUACAAAUUGAGGAGCAGCGUGAAAAUGUGUACCAUCAAUGCAACCCAAAACAGCUGGUAUAUUAA